UUUAUUACAGAAAUUGUAGAGGCACUACCUCACAUAUAUAGGCACUGAACUACUGAACUGGACUCAAAUGUAAACACAUUUCAACACAAUUCAGACUGAAAUAUCCAGAGCAUGUUAACCCAUCUAGCCAGGUUCAAGUGAAGUUCUCUGCUAACAUACAAUGGGGGGUAUAACAGGGGCCACAGAUUUCACUUCACUGUUCUGCUAUUCUGGUGCAGUUUUAUGUAUUGCUUUCUGUCUGUCCUUCAUCUUGACGGCAACUUUAAAGGUGCUUUAAGUGAUUUACUUGUAAUACUGUACAACAAAUAAAAUGUCCCAUCUACUUGACUGAAAUCACAGAAAUAGGCGUCCUGAGAAACCACACUUGUCUCUGUGGCAGCCGCAGGCUAUGUAAACAGCAAAAAUGAAAAAGGGGGCCGGCCUGCCCCUUUUUAGUUGAUCAUAAAACUAGCCAGUAAGGAACGCUCUCUGCCUGUCAAUCAUUUGGUGGGUUCUGAUUUGCUCACAUAGGAUUUGUGGACAUGUCUUUGGAGGGCGGGGUUUUAGAGAGAGCGUGUGUUUUUGAAGCUAGCAAAACGGCAGAAAUCGCUUACAGCACCUUUAAGAUAUGUAGACAAAAGUUGCAGGCCAUUUCACAAGGAAAAUUGGUCUAUUUUAUACACAAUUAUUCAAAUGUUAUUUAUUUUACACAAAGCUUCAUUCAACAGCCAUUAGUAACCUCGGUAUGUUGCCUCAUCUUACAGAGGUACAUGACCACUUUGCCCAUAAACCAACAAAUCUAUAGUCCCAUAGAUCUUCAAACACUCACAGAAUAAAGAACAUGGAGAACAAUUGUACUUUCAAAGUGUUACAAUAGAGGUCGAUUCAGUGCAUGGUCUACAAUAAUGCGCUAGAGGGUAAAACCACUUUCGCUGUGUGGAUGGGUGCAAUGUAAUCUCAUGGGACAUUGUUAGUUCCCCUGGGCCAUCUGUGUGUCUCUGCUCAUCUACCUCAGUGUAAAACAAUCCUCCAUGCCAAAAGCGUAGCAAUAUUUCAUAGCUGGAAAAACAUAAACUAAAAUUGUAUUUUCCACUCAGGGCUCAAACCAAGACUUAUCUGUCUUCAGAUUAGAGAAUAUGCAAUGAGAUAAUGUGGAGUUUGAUUGAUUUUUUAUGGAGAUUGUGAGUCAGAAACUGAAAUGUGUCCAGAGUGUUGGCACUGCAUGUUGAAGACUGUCAGAGGCCAUCGGCUUCCACUAUCACACCAUUACAUGACAGCACAACAUCAUAAAGAAACAACAGACCAUCUCAACAGCUCCUCAUAUUACGAGUCAACAUGACAACAUGUCACCUUACAAAUGAACAAAAUCACACAGGUAAACCCACAAAUCACUGGAGAAGCUGCAUCGGUUCACUGACUUGAACUUGAAAUUCACCACAGAAUAUUCAGAACAUGGAAAAACGUGAAAAGUCACUGCAAAACAACUGCUACCUAGAGUUUGUUAUCAUUACACUGUGUUUUGUCUGAAGUGAUUUACAUACAGAUAAGGGUCAAAGACAAAUGUAUUUGAAUAUGUUUGUGUAAUAAAAAAAAGCCCGAAGAUAAACGAUUCUUAUUAUUUCCUAAAGUAAUUUAAAGCACUGUGGAGAGGUCUGAACAGCAUUCGCUGCACCUGUAAAAUAAAAAAUUUGAGUGAAACAUUUUGCACUUUUAAAAACGAGAAUAUGUGAAGCCCCUUCAAAACCCCAAAAUGAAAAUUCUGUCAUCAUUUCCUUACAUUUAUUCUGUUCCAAACCCCUGAAACACAAAUGAUGUUAGGUAGAAUGUUAGCCUCAGUCACCAUUCACUCUCAUUACAUCUUUUGCCAUACAAUGAAAGUGAAUGGUGACUGAGGCUGUCAGUCCCUAACAUUCUACAUAACAACUUUUGUGUUCCUCAGAAGAAAGUCAAAUUGGUUUGGAAUGACAUCAAGGUGAGUAAAUGACAGAAUUUUAAUUUUGGGUUAACCUUCCUUUUAACAUCUUAAGACAGUGAUUACUAUUUAUAAUAGUAAAGAUGUUUUUCAGUUCAAACAGGCAGCAAAAAUGGAACUCAAGCAAUAGCAAAAAUACACUGCCAAGAUGAGUUAUGUGUCUUGUUGCAGAAUUUGUAGAAAUGAAAAUAAAUAGAGGUAUAUUUCUUUCAGCAUUAUCUCUUUCCCUCAGAUCAUCUAUUCACACAUCGCCGACUCUGCCUUGCUAGGAGUGUGUUUCAAAUGUGAGCCACUGUGACAUUUAACCUCACAUGAAACUAAAGUGAAAAUGAACUCACUCUUUGAGCUGGUCUGCCGCAGAGCAUAAUACAACACAAGUGACAAAAUCAAAUAAUAAUAAAAAUAAUUGCUCAUCUCCUGGUCUUGUUACAAAUCGUCCAGUCCUCUGUUGUUGUCUCUGAGAAGGCAUGACUGUCAUGCAUGGCUCCAUACAGCCAGAAAUAUCCAUCCUUGACCUGUUAGUAUUUCCACUGUGACAUGUUGCACAAGACCGCCGGCAGCUAGCACAAGAUCACAGUCUAAUAAAUAAAUCUAAAUAAACAAGGCUUGCUGUAUGAAUAUAUAUGUAUGUGUGUGUGGAUUAUAUGCACUUGCUUCUUUGAUCCUCAUGUUUGUGAGCAGGCAUGUGUCAUUUUUAAUGUUGGAUGUAAACCAACCGCUUUUUUCAUACACAGUCAGAUCAUUCAAAACUGUUUCAAUCCUCACUAUCCCAACCAAAGACACAUACUGUAUACACAAACAGCCAUAUACACUUGCACAAAAGUCUCAAGAUUUCAGUAUGAUUAUGUGUGAACAUCUUAUUACACCGUCAGGUAUCACAUUGCCCGAUAAUGACUGGUCCUCCAAACAGCUGAUUGAGUGUGUGAUAAUAAUCGUUCUAUGGGUGUCACAAACCUGCUCAUCGUACACAUACGGUAGGGUUCAAGAGUCUACAUUGAAAAUCUAGGAUUCAGCAUCUAAUUAUAACCUGGAAAUAGAGUUUUAGGAUUCAGAAAAAUUUAAAACAAAGAAUUAUGACAACAUGGACAAGAAAUAUUUAAGAUUCUGCACUAUUUCUGGGUCACUUAUCAAAUAAGCAAAUUUAUGACAUUGAUAUUCGAAUUCAUGAAAAUCAUGUUAACUUUUCACUCAAAUUGUGAUGACGAUUAUAUAAUUUGCAAUAAAAAUUCAAUGUUGACUUUUAAACCCCACUGUAUAUAUACAAACACACACCAUAGAAAUCAAAUACAUAUUGACAUCUCAAUGCUGAAAUGCACCUGAUUCUACUGCGGCCAAACCUGUCACUGCGCAAUGUGAUUUCCUGACAUGCACGAGUUCUGUUUUCAGCAUGCUAAAUGAGCUUGGUGACCCGAUGCUCUUGUCAGAUCAUCAGUGGGGGAAUACAGGAACCCCACAGGGCACCGUUGAACCAAGAAUGAGGCAUAUGAGGUCUGUUCAAGGGUUUUAUCUAAUCAAAAUUACAGAAAGUGAGUCCUCUGUCCUCCUCCAUGUCCCCCGAGACCAUUCAUCGCUCCUCCUGUAAAUGGGUCACUCAAAAACAGUUACCGUUUGUCUGUGAGGCUUGUAUUGCAACUAUAAUGACUAGAUUUAAUUAGCUCUUUCCCUGAAGAAAUAGCUUCCAAUUAAAUAUGAAAGGCAGAAAACCAUCACUUGCCAGUCCAACUACUUACUGCAUCAUUUGAACUAGAGCUGCAAAGGGUAGAAUAAAAUAACAGAGCUUUUAACGCGCUUAACGAUGUUGAAAAUUUGCUCAGUUGACUUAUGAAGAAUGUACAAAUUGGUCAAAUAAUUUAGUGUCAAGGUGUUCCACAAACAGUGCACUUCAGAAAAGAACACACUUUGUCAGAUUUUCCCCCUUUAAAACUCAUUAUUAUUUGAGGAAUACUCUGGGUUCAAGAAAGUUCUCUGACAUGCUGUUGAUUACCACAGAAAAAAAAAAAAAAAAAAAAAAAAUCAGGCCCGAACCUAAGUUUGAAAAAUGAAUGGAAAACACGUUCACAGUAAUGUGCUUCUAAUGGAAGUCUAAGGGGCAAGGUUAAUAAACAUUCAAAUACAGACCAUUUUGAAAGUGUAUCCACAAGAUUGUGAUAAAAUCACUUACUAGCCAUGUCUGUGCAAAUUAAUAUCUAAUCUUUCACCUCCUAUCAUGACGAUGCAGAACCAGUUAACCUGGCAUGAUAUGCACAAGGAUACCAGAAAGGGACUGUUUACCUAGAGAAAAAUCUACUCACAUUAUGUAGGUAACACACAAACAGAAGCUCAUCCAUCUAGAAUAGUAGUCUCACUACUAAAAAGAUGCUUUAGACAAUUUUAUGGCUCAAAUAACAUAUUUUUGUACAGAAAAAUUGAUAUUAGAACUGUAACAAAAAAUAUGAAACUGCACAGUUCGGCUCCCCCAUGCCCCCAUAGACUUCUAUUGUCAAUGUAUAUAGAUUUUUUUCUUCAGUUUUUAUAAACUGAGAAAUCAAAAUUAUUGUCUGUGGUAAUAAACAGCAUCUGUGGCUAAUUUUGUUAGAGUUUAGCUUGUUCUGAACCCAUAACAUUCCUUUGACUGGCAAGAUAAUCCACAUACUUUUUCAUUUCUACCAUCUCAUGCUACAGUGUAAGUAGUAGGCAUUAGUGGGAUAAGACAACACAGUCUCAUGACAACUCGUAAUAAUUUAGGCUAGAUGGCGAAAUCAUGUGAUAUGGUACGACGAAAAGGCAUGACUUCUAUUCCCAUAGAGACAAAACAAUCAAUUUCAAAUCAGUACAAUACAGGCAUCAAAUUUUAGCUAGCCUUCUAUCAAACACUUUAUUUUAAGAAAGGAAACAUCAGUGAACAAAUCUAGUUACUCAUUCCAUAUUUAUUUAUGCAAUACAAAAGACUGAUGACAACAACCUGUAAUACGUCUCCCUUGUCUCAUUCCAAACCUCGAUGUUUUAUUAUUUCCGUGGUACACUAAAAUUAUUUUUCUAUUAAAAUCAUGGUUAGGGUUAGGGUCUGGGUAAGGGAUUAGACUAUAUGGUUAUCGGUUUAGGUUUGUGUAAGGGAUUAGACUAUAUGUUUAUCGGUUUAGGUUUGUGUAAGGGAUUAGACUAUAUGUUUAUCGGUUUAGGUUUGUGUAAGGGAUUAGACUAUAUGUUUAUCGGUUUAGGUUUGUGUAAGGGAUUAGACUAUAUGUUUAUCGGUUUAGGUUUGUGUAAGGGUUUAGACUAUAUGGUUAUCAAUUUAGGUUUGUGUAAGGGAUUAGACUAUAUGUUUAUCGGUUUAGGUUUGUGUAAGGGGUUAGACUAUAUGGUUAUCAAUUUAGGUUUGUGUAAGGGAUUAGACUAUAUGGUUAUCGGUUUAGGUUUGUGUAAGGGGUUAGACUAUAUGUUUAUCGGUUUAGGUUUGUGUAAGGGAUUAGACUAUAUGUUUAUCGGUUUAGGUUUGUGUAAGGGAUUAGACUAUAUGUUUAUCGGUUUAGGUUUGUGUAAGGGAUUAGACUAUAUGUUUAUCGGUUUAGGUUUGUGUAAGGGAUUAGACUAUAUGUUUAUCGGUUUAGGUUUGUGUAAGGGAUUAGACUAUAUGUUUAUCGGUUUAGGUUUGUGUAAGGGUUUAGACUAUAUGGUUAUCAAUUUAGGUUUGUGUAAGGGAUUAGACUAUAUGUUUAUCGGUUUAGGUUUGUGUAAGGGGUUAGACUAUAUGGUUAUCAAUUUAGGUUUGUGUAAGGGAUUAGACUAUAUGGUUAUCGGUUUAGGUUUGUGUAAGGGGUUAGACUAUAUGUUUAUCGGUUUAGGUUUGUGUAAGGGAUUAGACUAUAUGGUUCUCGGUUUAGGUUUGUGUAAGGGAUUAGACUAUAUGUUUAUCGGUUUAGGUUUGUGUAAGGGAUUAGACUAUAUGUUUAUCGGUUUAGGUUUUUGUAAGGGGUUAGACUAUAUGGUUAUUGGUUUAGGUUUGUGUAAGCGGUUGGAAUAUAUGGUUAUCGGUUUAGGUUUGGAUCUCCAGCCCAAGAGUCUUAUAUCCAAGCUCCAGUAG